GUGAAACGCAUUCGUCGCGACGGCUAUCCAGUGGAAAAGCAUCAUGUGCUAACAAAAGACGGCUAUGCGUUGACAUUACACCGCAUCCCGCAAUACAACACAUCAGCAACGACGAUGACGACGACGACGACGACUUCGACCACAAGUGGUGGUGGCACAUAUACGCGUCGUCCAGUCGUCUUCCUGUUGGCCGGCAUUUACGCCUCCUCAGACGCUUGGCUACUAAAUGGUCGCGAAAACUCAUUGCCAUAUCUGUUGUGGCGUCAAGGUUACGACAUUUGGUUGGGCAACAAUCGCGGCAAUAUCUAUACGCGACGCAAUGUUUGGUACAACACGACUGAGCGCGAAUUCUGGAACUUCAGCUGGCAUGAGAUGAGCAUUUACGAUAUGCCCGCCAUGGUGGACUACAUUUUGCAGUGUACAGGCGAAGCAAAGAUGCAUUUUGUGGGCAUCUCACAAGGUGGCACUGUCUUUUUGGUGCUCAACUCAAUUUUGCCGCAAUACAAUGCUGUCUUCAAGACGGCACAUCUGUUGGCGCCGGUGGCGUACGUCAGCAAUACAAAAGGUGGGCUGGCGAAGAUUUUCGGUCCCAUAUUGGGUACACGCAACUAUGUGGCCAAAGUGUUGGAGGGCAUGGAGAUGGUAUCCACAAACAAGUUUGUGAAGAAGUUCCUGUCGUCACUUUGUUUCGAGAACGAGCGGCCCAUGGUGUGUGUGAGCCGCCUUUGGCCGGCUGUGGGCUAUGAUACGCUACAUCUGAACAAGACUUUGCUACCCGACAUAAUGGCCAACUUUCCCGUAGGUGGCUCUUUUAAGCAAAUUAUGCACUACUUCCAGGGCUACGUCUCGUCGAAAUUCCGCCAAUAUGACUAUGGCCCGGAGAAGAAUUGGUUAAUGUACAAUCAAUUAGAACCGCCAGACUAUCAGCUGGAGCUCAUCACAGCGCCUGUUACCAUUUUCUACGCUGAUAAUGAUUACAUCGUUUCGGUGGAGGAUAUUUGGCGACUACUGAUGCGCAUGCGCAACCUUCAGGCUGUUUACAAAAUACCACGCAAACGUUGGAAUCACUUCGACUUCAUUUGUGGGCUGCGCGUGCGUGAGUUUAUAUUUGAUAAAAUUAUCAGGGCAGCAAACUAUUACGAAUACUCGUACAGUUGACGUUAGUUCAAGGAUAUAACUAUUUAAUUCAAAUUAAUUAGGCUUAAGAUUUAAAAUUGUGAUGUAGAUAUACAUACAAUCGAAAACGAGUGUUAUAUUUAGUCGAAAAACUUUUAGGGUUAAGAUUAAAAAGGAAGAAAAGAAUUUGAUUGCACAUUACUAAUGUUUGUUAGGCAGCCGAGCGUUUACUCCAAUUUGGGCUUGAGAUACUCAAAGAAAUAGGUUGGGCGAAUUCGGACGAUGGCCACGCCUACCCCUCAUAUAACAUUUGUAUUGUCGAAAAAUACAAAAAGAACGAUAUUUCCGUAAAUACUGUAAAAUUAGUGGGUGAAGUAGAAUUUUGUAAUAAAAUACUUAAGACAAAUAUAAACUUUGUGGAAAAUGGGCGUGGCACCGCACAUUUUUCUCAUAAAUUGCACUAACUCAGGUGCCGCUUCUCCAACACUCACCACACUCGGCACGAAUAUUACUUAGGGUAAAACCAAAAAACCUAUGGAACAUUUUUGGAAAUCGAGCAUAAACGGCGAUAAAUCAGUAAAUAAAGAAGCAAUGAUAUUUUACCAGUAAAUAAGAUUAUUAUAAAGUUUUGGAAAAUGGGCUUGGUACCAACGAAGUUUAAUACGUACGCCCGGUAUAUAGAGUUCGGCUUCAACCGCACUUAUACUUUUUAUACUUGUUAUACUUAGUUAGGAGGCAUUUUUGGAAGAGCACUUUUUUCUAGUUGAUGUUUUUGUAAUGAAAACUAAACCGGUAACCGCUUAGUAGCAGCAUGACGCUCAAUAUAUUUUACUACAGCGCACAUAGGGGUAUUUCAACGAUUUAAGUUAAUAUUUUAUUUUUUUUUUAAUUUAAUAAU